GAUUACGCCGCUCAGUGCGCGCGCGGACCUCCCAGUGCUCCCUGCUCAUCCCCUCGUUGUCCGUCCACGUUGCUCUUAGGCUUUCUUGCUUUACAGGACAAAACAGAAAGACAACGAAAAAAAAAACGUGAUGUAGGAAUGACAACAACAACAACCGUCCUCGUCUUAAGUUCAACGAGAAGACCCCAGCAUGCUGCUGCCCUCCAGCCCGCGGUGCAGACGCCAGCGCCGGGCCUCGCUGCUUGUGCUCGCCGCCUUCCUGCUGCUUAUCCCCGUCAGCGCUAGCCUACCAGCUUGGACCGGUUGCCCGUCCCGGUCCGUCUGUCAAAAUCAGAAACGGGUCAACUGCAAAGCCGGCUCUGAAUGUGGCCCCUGCUUACCUUCACAUGAGGAGGCUGAGGAUGGACGCUGUGUGCCACGCAAACUUGGCAAAGUGAAAACUUUCUCUGACCUGGAGGAAGAGAUCGAUCUCAUCGCAAAACAAGAAAAGAUCAGGAAGAAACCAACCAAACAGAAACCAGUUUUCCUCUCCGUUCAAAGAGACCGUGAAGAGGGCUUGACGGACACCUGGAAACUGAAGGACAGACUCUUGGCCGACGUCCUGCUGACCAGCACCGAAGCUCCACGCCACACCACAGCUGACCUUCCAAACAAAACAACUCUUCAGUCCAAGGUCAAGGGGGCCAUCGGCCACGGCGGCCCGCAUGUCGUGCAGACUUCCAAAAAUGACAACAUUAUCAUCAUUUUGGUGUCAGUCUUUGUGGUGAUGGGCACUGUGGCUGUGAUCAUGGCUGUCGCCUGUUAUGUCAAGUUACAAACGGAAUCGCGUCUUGCUGAGAAGGUAGAUUACCCUGCUUUCAAAGGAACGGGCGUUUCUUCUGCUAAAACCACUGCUACUCCGAUGGGAGAUAACACUCUUGCUAAAAGUGCACAAAUGUAUCACUAUAAACAUCAGAAACAACAGAUGAUCUCCAUGGGGAAUAACAAGCCCGAGCAGAAGCCCGUUGACAGUGAAUUCACGUCCGAUGAGGAGGAAGUGGGAGGUGGCUUCACAGUUUACGAGUGCCCCGGACUUGCCCCGACUGGAGAGAUGGAGGUGAAGAACCCUCUGUUUGACGACUCGACUAUGGAAUAUCAGGAGAAGAAAAAGUGAAGACUCAACACUUCACAAAUACUACUCACGCACAGACACACAUUCAUUGAGACACAACAUUUGGAAGGAGGGAAGCUCUGUGUUUCACACUGCAUGAAAUCAAAGAUGAAGAGAUAGAACGACUGUUUUCUUUCUGUCUUUUAACAUAUCUGCCCCACUAAAGCUUUUAGGAUCACUUCUAUAAAUCAAGGGUCUCCUGUUAAUUUAUUUCUCUCACUGUUUUGGAGAAACCCUGUCUUUUAAUGUUUAUUUGCUCCUGUUACAUGUCUUUUGUCGUCUUUCUUGUUUAAAUGUUGUGUUUUUCUUUCUUUCUAUCUUUUUGCAUAUUUAUGCAGCUGUUUCCAAAGAAUGUUAUAAAAACCUGACACUCUAUAUCCCACUGACAAAUAUAAUAGUAUUCCUAAUUCUUUUUUAUUUUUAUUCUUAUGGCUCAACCACAUUCCAAACCAGGAAAUAUUCCAGAUCAAAUCUGGAAUGCCUUUCUGAAAAAAAAAAGUCCCAAUCUCUGCAUAAGAAUUAGCAAAUUCUUGUUGCUGUUUUGCUCCUCCAGAGGUCAGAGGAGCUGCUCCUGAACAUUGUAGGAUGAUAGUUUAUUGAUGUGUCAUUACAGAUUAAAAUGGAAGUGCUUACUCAUGACUGUUGCAUGGUUUGACUGUAAUAUGUUGAAAUCAUGCCAAAGGAACUAUUCUCUAUGUGUUGCUUGUAUCCUGUCGUACACAGGAACAAUAUUCAGUAAAGGUGGCUCCUGAUGGAUGAAUGUUUUGCUGUGAUCAUGUAUUACUAACCCCCUUAAAUUCUCACUGUCCCCAAGCUAUCGUUGUGCUGCAAGAUGUACAUACAGAAGAGUGAUGGUGUUCACUUUUUAUAGAUAUUUGUACAUGCAGACUAAAGAUUGGAAAUAAAUUUUUACCACAUACGAGUAAAA